GUCAGCAUUGUUCACAAAGAUUGAUCUGAAUUUUUUUAUUGUUUACUGUUUAAAAAAGAUUGUAACGUGUUUUAUCACGGAUAAACAAAUCACCGCUGGAUCACGUAUUAACCGGUGUAUCGAAUUCGAAAAAAAAAAAAAAGACAAGGACUGAAAAUAAAGCGAGUUAAAUUAGCCAUGCGGCAGCUUUCGAACUCGUUAUCUUCUUUGGUUCUGAUAACUUGUCACCUUCACCAUUCCCGUUUCCACCGUUCCUUCCUACGAGUUUCAUUAUUCCACGAUUUCAUUCCAUUAACAAUUUUCGAAACGCACCAUUCGAUUCGUACACGAAUCGAUAUUUACCGUUCGUAAAUUACCUACAAGUAUUUUAUUGUACGCAUAAAAGUUUUAACGAGCGAUUAACAAUAAUUUAAAGGCAAUUUUGAAUGCGAUUUAUAUAGAUUGACGAUUGUCUAAUCGAAUCGAAACGAUUCGAUCUGAAUUGAUUACCAGCGAUACGUCUUUCGAGAAUCGUUCGACUAUAACAAAAUCACUGUGCAACUAUGAGAAUACUAUGAAAACAGAAUUUACGGGUCACGUGACAGCACGCUGCAUUCUUCGUAGCGCCGAUUCAACGAAGCUAAUAAUUAGCCACGCUUCUGGCUCUGUAGUCGAUCCGUGUCAACAAUAACGCCGAAUGGCAGAGGUUAUCUGCGCAUUUCAACGACCGACGAGGUUAAACGUACAUGAUCAUGACAAAAAUCGUACAGAUUGAAUGAAUAAAGUACAAGAAUAAAAAUAUGACAAGAAAGAACUUCUCACGACACGCGCGCGACACAUUGUUUUUACUGGUUGUGAAAUUCAUUAGAACCGGUGUAUACGCAUACGAGUUCGACGCGAGGCAAUUUUCUAUCAAAGGAUCUCUGAAUGGUUCGCGAACGAAGAACAGCAGCGAGUGUGACGAAGCUUCUAUAAACACGAGAAACAAAUGUUCGAGACACAAGCAGCGUUGUUGCACGUUGCUGGGUUUCUUUCUUCUCGAGUCACUUCCUGCGCCGCCAAGUGACUCACGUGAAUCACCAAGCAGUCAAGAAGAAGAGGACGAAAAGGCGAAAGUAUUCGACGAGGCUUUGCAUGCUUCGUCCUUGCCGGCCAACUCGUACAACAUCGUCGAACCUAACCUACACAAAAAGUUGAUCCGUGUCUCGAAGCAACAGAGACGACACCAUUUGACACGAGAGAAACCGGCACGAGCACGAGUACGAGUGAUCGCAGCCGUGCGAACGCCAACGAUAAUUACUUGGAUGACGUAGGAUCGUCUAGAACGUGAUACGCGAGAAAAUGGAUGGAACGUAAACGAGAAUUCUCUGGUGAUCCUUGAAAAUUUACGAAAGAUCGAGUAUCGGGUUGAGAAAACGCGCGAGCGGCCACCGUGUAUGGUUUCCGGCGGCGUUUGCCUAGCGUGCCACGCCACGACGACCUCACGGGGGG